CCUCUGUUCAACAGGUGAAGCAGAUCAUGGAGGAGGCAGUGACGAGGAAGUUCGUGCACGAGGACAGCAGCCACAUCAUCUCCUUCUGUGCGGCGGUGGAGACCUGUGUCCUGCACGGCCUGAAGCGGAGGGCGGCGGGGUUCCUGCGCAGCAACAAGAUAGCAGCUCUCUUCAUGAAGGUGGGGAAGAGCUUUCCUCUGGCAGAGGAGCUUUGCAGGAAGGUGCAAGACCUGGAGCAGCUCAUCGAGAACGCACGAAAUCAGGCGCAGGGCAUCCCGGAGAACGUGCGCAAGGUGCCCAAGCUGCCCAACCUGUCUCCUCAAGCCAUCAAGCACCUCUGGAUCCGCACAGCCCUCUUUGAGAAGGUCCUGGAUAAAAUCGUGCACUACUUGGUAGAAAACAGCAGUAAGUACUACGAGAAGGAAGCUCUCCUGAUGGAUCCUGUGGAUGGGCCAAUUCUUGCAUCUUUAUUGGUGGGGCCCUGUGCACUGGAGUACACCAAGAUGAAGACUGCUGACCACUUCUGGACAGACCCCUCGGCCGAUGAGCUGGUGCAGAGGCACCGGAUCCACAGCUCUCACUGCCGCCAGGACUCGCCCACCAAGCGCCCGGCGCUCUGCAUUCAGAAGAGGCACUCGAGUGGCAGCAUGGACGACCGGCCGUCGCUGUCUGCCAGGGACUACGUGGAGUCCCUGCACCAGAAUUCCCGAGCCACGCUCCUCUAUGGCAAGAACAACGUGCUGGUGCAGCCUCGAGACGACAUGGAGGCGAUCCCGGGGUACCUGUCCCUCCACCAGGCUGCUGAGAUCAUGGCACUGAAGUGGACCCCCAACCAGCUGAUGAACGGCUCGGUGGGGGACCUGGACUACGAGAAGAGUGUGUACUGGGACUAUGCCAUGACUAUUCGCCUGGAGGAGAUUGUCUACCUGCACUGCCACCAGCAAGUAGACAGUGGUGGGACCGUUGUCUUGGUGAGCCAGGAUGGGAUCCAGAGGCCCCCACUGAGGUUCCCCAGAGGAGGGCACUUGCUGCAGUUCCUCUCCUGCCUGGAGAACGGCCUCCUGCCCCACGGGCAGCUGGACCCACCCCUCUGGUCCCAGAGGGGAAAGGGGAAGGUGUUUCCCAGGCUGAGGAAGCGAAGUCCCCAGGGCUCCUCUGAGUCUGCCUCUGACAAGGAGGAGGAUGAAGCCACAGAUUACGUCUUCAGAAUUAUCUACCCAGGGACACAGUCAGAAUUCG